GCAUCGUCCCAGGGGUUGUAAUCUGCUGGUUUCAUAUAGCAAGCCAUUUGGUUCUUGCAUUUGCCCUGCCAAUAAACUCAGCCCUUGGGGCUGUAAGAAAUUCCCUGUAAAUUCAUUGGAAAUAGGCAUUGUUGACCCCUUUUCUCUAUAAAAGGGGGGAAGCAGCUGGGAUACAGAGGGAGGGGUAGAAUUCUCAUUCUUUCACUUCUUCAGUCCAAGACAGGUCUUCCAAAGAACUGAAGCCAUGGCAGUGAAGAGGAUUCUGUUCCUCUUGGCUGAUCUGGUGCUACUGAGUGCCCAGCUCUGCACCGAGAUUCCUAAUCCUGGAUCCCUGAAACAGAUUGAUGCUGGAAAUGGGCUGGUGGUAGGCGUGGAGCCAACAGGCAAUGCAUUCAUGCUGAAUGGAGAAGACUGGCUCUAUUUGGCAGGGAACAUGAAACAUGUGACUUCUGGAGUCAGUGGUGUGUGGAUGGUGGACAAUGACAACAACGUCUAUAAGAUGAUAGCGGGCAAUUUGGUGAACGUGCCAGGAUUCUUCCAUCUGAUUGAUGCUGGGGGAGACCACUUUGUGGCUGGUAUUAACUCGGAGAAUGAAACACGGUGUCUUUCUCAUUCUGAGCUAGUCGCAUUGAGACCCAACUCCUCAGUGUCUUGGACUUAUAUGGAUGCACGUCUGAGAUACUUCAGCUGUGGCCAGAAAAGCUGUUGGGGUGUGAACGCAGUCAAUGAUGUGGUUUUUCGUAAGGGUAUUGAGCCACUCAGAUCAUGCAAGGGAAACAGCUGGAACAACAUCCCAUCAAAAUUCUACAUGGUUGAGGUUGGGAAUGAUGGAAGUGUCUAUGGGGCAAAACCAGAUGGGUCUGUCUAUCGCAGGGAUGGAUUUGACACCAACCACCCCGCUGGCACCAAAUGGACAAAACUCACAGACAUCACUGCUCGGGUCAGUCAUUUGAGCUAUGACAUGAAUAUUCUAUGGCUGAUCACCAAAGACAACAGGAUUCUACGAUGUCAACUGUAGCACUACAUGGCUAUUGUCCUGAUCUGCCUUCCAUAGAUUUGCUACUGCCUCUUGCACGAAGACAGGAACGUUUGAUACAAAAAUCUGUGGUUUUGGGGAAACAUUUCCUUCGAGCCUUUGCCAAAAUGCUUGCCAAAUCCCAAUAUUUGCCUCCCGCCAUCAAACAUUACAGUGAGGACUUGUUUCAGUGCUAUGGUGGGAGAAGGGAAACCAUUGCUUCUGAGCAUUACAAACAUACAUUCUCCACCACAAAAAACUACAAGAAUUUCACCUAUUCACUGCUGAAUUUCAGACAGGAUCUCUCCACCUUCACUGUUUGAAAACAAGGCUUCAAAGGGAGAAGGGACACGUUCAGCCUAGUGCUAAAUUAGCCCUUCCGGUAUUGCAGAGCAGGGAGUGAAAGAGACUAUGAGCAUCAUCAGACUGGGCGGUGGGGAAUCACAGUUCCCUACCAUCACUUCUCCCCCCCGCCCCGCUUCUGUCACACAAUACUUCCUCUUUCUUCAUGGAGAAGGAAGAGGAAGUAAACAAUGACCACGUGGCCCAUUCCGUGGGUGUUUUUAUCAUGCCGCUUUUCCUGCACACAGUAGAUCACAGCAAGUUUCACUUCUAAAAAUAAACCCCACUUACGAGGUUCUUAUUCUGUGAUGGAAAGAAGGCUAGAAGGGGCAAGAGAUGCACGGGAGGCAGAUGACGUUGUGCAUAGGACCUGCGAAAAUCCGUGAGUGCCCAGUAAUGAGCAUUCAAUAAAAAGCUCGUCUGAUGAGGCUCUAAUAAUCACCCUGUUGUACUCACAGUGUGGAUGAUAAUAGUGCUAAAAGGGUAGAUCCUCCUCUCCCUGGUAUAAUCCUCCUAACCUUUUUUACUUGGACCUCAUAAUGAUUUCCAAUUAUUUGCUUCACUGCAAGCAUUUUCAAAGAGAUAAACUGUCAGUAUUGCUUGCUCUAUAUAGCAUGUCCCCCAGUCUGCUUGCUUUCCAUUUUGCCUGAUGAAGCCUUCUGUGAAACUCCAAACCUUACACAUUCCUGUUGACACCAACCUUACACAGGACUAAUGCAAGACUUCAUUGUAGCUCAUCUGGGCAAUGAAAUUAACAUAACUUUAACAAAGGAGUUGUACUGGAAGGUUCUUAUCUUGGAUUAAAAGCAUACAAACAAACAGA